AUGGGAUCACCCUAUGGGAUCCCCUAUGGGGUCUAUGGGGCCCUAUGGGAUCCCCUGCGGCACAUGGAGCGCUGCUACGCCAAGGUGCCUAUGGGAUCCAUAGGGCACGGGGGUCUAUGGGGUCCUAUGGAGUCUGUGGGAUCCAUGGGAUCACCCUAUGGGAUCCCCUAUGGGGUCUAUGGGGCCCUAUGGGAUCCCCUGCGGCACAUGGAGCGCUGCUACGCCAAGGUGCCUAUGGGAUCCAUAGGGGCCACGCGCCUGUUCUGCGACGUCUACAACCCGCAGAGCCGGACGUACUGCAAGCGGCUGCAGGUGCUCUGCCCCGAGCACUCGCGCGAGCCCAAGGGGCCCGCGGACGAGGUCUGCGGCUGCCCCCUGGUCCGCGACGUCUUCGAGCUCACGGGCGACUUCUGCCGCGUCCCCAAGCGCCGCUGCCACCGUCACUACUGCUGGGAGAAGCUGCGGCGCGCCGAGGUGGACCUGGAGCGCGUGCGCGUGGUGCGUAUGGAGCCCUGUGGGCACCUAUAG